UGUGUUGGAGAAGACAACUAUUUUCUCUUUAGCUUACUCUGAUAAAAUGAAAUUGGCUAUAAAUGAUUUUCUCUCUUUUCCGAGUCCUUAAUGCACGAAUUAAAACUAUUUAAAACCAUCCAAAAGAAUCUAAUUUACAGCCGAACUGUCUCAGAUUCUUAAAACAUCUUUCUCUGACAGAUAAAGCGUGAGACGCCAUCCUAAAGCUUCACAUACUGCCAAAGAAAACUCAUUUUUAUGAUGAAUAGUGCAUUCUUCAGCACAAAGUUUUGAUUUACCGAGGCUCCAAGAAGUGCCAUAAUUUGAAUGCUUGUCUCUCCUCCCCACAGGGCCUCCUGCCUGACCUGGUGGUGGCCAAUCCGCGCCUGUCUGACCUGUGGGGAGCCGCCACGUCAUUCAUCUCAGCCCUCGAUUGGAAUCAGCCGAUCCUCAUCCAUGACGAGUCGCCUCAGGCCCUCCAGGUGGCCCACAUUGCCAACAGGGACGGCAAGCACGACACGAUGGGCCUCUCCCUCUCCGCCAACCUCCCGAGACACCACUUCCAGAACCGGCUGAGCGGGAUCCUGCACACGGUGCGAAGACUCAUCUUCGUCUCCGGCACAGUCAACUUCGUGAAAGUGGUGUUCAGCCACGGCGAGGACCUGGACAUGUUCAACGGGGAGUACAUUUGGAUCUUGCUCGACAUCCCCCUCCCCGGCAACCUCUCGGAAUCCCUGCGUCCAGGCCUCCUCAGUCUUCGCCCAGACUAUUUACGAACCCCCCAAAGACAGUUACUUGUAAACUUUGUUAAGUCGUCAAUAUCUGUGAUAUCGGAGUUUUUCAAAGAAACUAACAUGACGUCGCCAGCCGUGCUGUCGCCGUCAGCGCCUACACAGUGUCAAGUGCCUUACAGGAAUCUGUCCACGAGUCAGUUUGAAAUACACAGACAACUCAAAGAGAAGCUAGAAUCAAGCAGAAUAUCUCAGAGAUCGUUACCGGGUGUGACUCCCUUUUUCCACGUCGAGAAUCUGGUGAAAACGGGUGCAAGUACCCAGUGGAAGCGGGUUGGGUACAUUAACGGGUCGGAGGUGCAAAUUAAUGCUAUUUUCUGGCCCGGACGAGGGUACAAGGGCGUCUCCGAGCAGAACAAGAGGCUGCGGGUGGCGCUGGCCGAAGCCCCGCCCUUCGUCAUGACCUCCUCCCUCAUCGAGAACGCCACCUGCCUCCUAGGCGUCGUCUGCCUCAGGGUUUUCUCGCCGGAAGUGGCGGCAACCUUCGCCGACAUGGAAAGAGAGGUCGUGAACGCCUCAAGGGGCUACGAAGUGGUCUGCUGCAGCGGCCUCUCUGUCGACCUCAUGAUUAACGUGGCCACCGACCUUGAAAUUGAGCUCCAGGUGUACCUCGUAAUGGACCGCACCUUCGGGGCGCCGCGCACCUCCGGCUGGACUGGCAUCGUCGGGGACCUCCUAGAUGGCUCUGCAGACCUGUCCUUCGCGCCGCUCUCCGUCACCGCCCAGCGCGCCAGACACCUCGACUUCUCAGACCCUUACUUUUUCUCCUCCAUCUCCAUUCUCUCCUCCACCAAGUAAGUACAACCCUAACUUUCCUUCCACCUGU